AUGGCAUGUUCUACCCAGAGACAACAUACAGGUGUAUUUAGACAAGUUCUGAGGCAAAUAGCAACUAUUUCUAAUCGGGUAGCCGAUACACCUCAUCCAGUGGGAAUCUCUCAUGAUGCCAUGGAAGAUUACAAACGUCGCUGCAUAAAGCGACACCAAUAUUGUGAUUUGGUAUCUGCUAUACUUGACGGAUAUAUCGUAUAUUACAUUGUACGCCAGGUAGACAUCACCGGUUCGCUCAACCAUCAUUCCCUACGAAACUGA